UCUCAAGUUUCUGUGUUUUUCUUCAAGGUAGAAAAUGUUGUUGGCCCAGAUAAACCGCGAUUCCCAGGGAAUGGCAGAGUUCCCCGGAGGAGGGAUGGAGGCGCAGCAUGUCACCCUGUGCCUGACAGAGGCAGUGACUGUCGCAGACGGUGACAAUUUAGAAAACAUGGAAGGUGUAAGCUUGCAGGCGGUGACCCUAGCCGACGGCUCUACUGCUUAUAUCCAGCACAGUUCUAAAGAUGGAAAACUCAUAGAUGGUCAGGUCAUUCAGCUGGAGGAUGGUUCUGCUGCCUAUGUUCAGCAUGUGCCUAUACCUAAAAGUACAGGGGACAGUUUGCGGUUAGAGGACGGUCAGGCUGUGCAGCUGGAAGAUGGAACUACAGCUUUUAUUCACCACACCUCCAAAGAUAGUUAUGACCAGAGUGCGCUACAGGCAGUGCAGCUGGAAGAUGGCACCACGGCUUACAUCCACCAUGCAGUGCAGGUGCCUCAGUCUGACACGAUCCUGGCUAUCCAGGCUGAUGGGACCGUGGCAGGUCUGCACACUGGAGAUGCCACGAUCGAUCCUGACACCAUCAGCGCUUUGGAACAGUACGCAGCAAAGGUGUCCAUUGAUGGAACUGAAAGUGUAACAGGUUCUGGGAUAAUUGGAGAAAAUGAGCAAGAGAAAAAAAUGCAGAUUGUAUUACAAGGCCAUGCAACAAGAGUAACAGCUAAAUCCCAGCAGAGUGGAGAAAAGACAUUUCGAUGUGAAUAUGAUGGAUGUGGAAAGUUAUACACAACAGCUCAUCAUCUUAAGGUCCAUGAGAGGUCACACACCGGAGAUCGGCCCUAUCAGUGUGAGCAUGCAGGCUGUGGGAAAGCGUUUGCAACAGGUUAUGGAUUAAAAAGUCACGUCAGAACUCACACAGGAGAAAAGCCAUACCGGUGUUCAGAAGAUAAUUGUACUAGAUCUUUCAAAACUUCAGGAGAUCUACAGAAACAUAUUCGAACUCAUACAGGAGAAAGACCCUUUAAAUGUCCCUUUGAAGGCUGUGGUCGGUCUUUCACAACAUCAAAUAUCAGAAAAGUACACGUAAGGACACACACAGGAGAAAGGCCUUAUUAUUGUACAGAACCUGGAUGUGGGCGGGCAUUUGCCAGUGCGACCAACUACAAAAACCACGUGAGGAUACAUACAGGGGAAAAACCAUAUGUUUGCACAGUCCCUGGGUGUGACAAAAGGUUUACAGAAUAUUCCAGUUUGUACAAGCAUCAUGUUGUACACACUCACUCCAAGCCAUACAACUGUAACCACUGUGGGAAGACGUACAAGCAGAUCUCCACGCUGGCCAUGCACAAGCGCACUGCCCACAACGACACGGAGCCCAUCGAAGAGGAGCAGGAGGCCUUCUUUGAGCCCCCUGCAGGUCAAAGUGAAGAUGUCCUUAAAGGGCCCCAGAUCACCUACGUCACAGGUGUAGACGGGGAUGAUGUUGUUUCUACACAAGUAGCUACAGUAACCCAGUCUGGGUUGAGUCAACAAGUUACACUCAUAUCCCAGGAUGGGACUCAGCAUGUCAACAUAUCUCAAGCUGACAUGCAAGCCAUUGGCAGCGCCAUCACAAUGGUGACGCAGGAUGGCACCCCCAUCACGGUCCCUGCCCACGAUGCCGUCAUCUCCUCAGCAGGAGCACAUUCUGUUGCUAUGGUUACCGCCGAGGGUGCAGAAGGACAGCAGGUGGCCAUCGUGGCUCAGGACUUGGCGGCAUUCCACACUGCCUCGUCAGAGAUAGGACACCCCCAGCACAGUCACCACCUGGUAGCCACGGAAACCAGACCGCUCACCUUGGUGGCAACAUCCAAUGGCACCCAGAUUGCAGUUCAGCUUGGAGAACAGCCAUCUUUGGAAGAAGCCAUCAGAAUAGCAUCAAGGAUUCAACAAGGAGAAACACCAGGGUUGGAUGAUUAAUCUUCAGAAUAGCGGAGCAGUAAUGCAAGGCGAGCAUUUUACGCUCAGGCAGCGUGGACCCACGGAACCUGGGCCCAGGACAGUUAGAUGUUUCCACUCCUGAAACACUGUACACGUUUUUAUGCAAGAGUGGAGAACAUUUUAUUCUUGACACUUUUGUGCAUAUAACCCUGUAAUAGAUCCUGAGAUUGAUUCAUUGUGUACAAGGAGAUAUGAAAUUAGGGCAAUAUGAUAAUUUUCAUGUUACGCUUUUAUCAGAUUGCCAACUCCUAGAGUCUACAUGCAAGAUCAGUGAAGUGUUACGGAGUCUUAUGAUGGAUUUUAACUUACUGUGAAAAUAAAAUAAUAAAGGCUAUAUCUACAAUAUCAAAGGUUCUAUAUGUCAAAACAAUCAUAAUUCCAAAAGCCAUCAUGGAUAAUAGAGGAUACAAAGCCUUCAGAUACCUUCCCACUAGUAGAGUGCCUACAGUUUUGUUCUGCUGUAUACGUGUCUGUUUUUAUUUGUAUCUCAUGGUUUUAAGACUAUUAAUAGUUUCCAUUCCUGUUAAAUACCAACUCUAAAACUGAAAUGCUAAUUAUAUUAGCAGUACAUUGGAUUAUGUGUAAAAUUACAAAGUUUUGUUUAAAAUUAAAAAGUUAAAUUCAGUAUUUUGGUUUUGUUAAAGAUUGUACUUAGUGUUCAGUGUUUUGUUACUUUUCUUUGUGUUAGUCAUGAACUAUCAAAGUUUGUCCACAAGCUGAAGCCCAGGAUAAUAUUGAAAAUGACUUUUCUGAAAAUUAGGUUAAUAGGUUGGUGUAAAUUAUUUAUUUUUACAUAUGUAUUUUUGUUUUUAAAGUUUAUUUACCCUAAAGUUUAUUAUUAAUUUUGAAUACAGAAUUUUUUUAAAUGUU